ACCCUUUGUCGCUGACCACGACUUCGUACAUUCACAAUUCCUUUGCUUUCAAACAUUCUUCACGACUAACGGCCGUUCCUUUGUCCGUUCGAUUCACUGCCUUUCGUUUUGCAAUCGCUUUGCUUGUCUCCCUGUAAUGGACUUCGACAUGGAUACUCAGAAUUCUGCACCAGGUGUUCUUCCAGCUGCUCAAGCCUCCAAGCUUGGAGCUCCUCGAAAAGGCGCCGAUGCUCAGAGUACCACUAAGAGGUCAGCUUUUCUUUUUCUCAUCCCAGGCGCAAAUGGUCUCUUGUUGCGAUUUUACAGUAGUGGGACUUGCGCCUCGAGACCACUGCCUUCAGAGCUAUUACUUAUUAUAAUCUAGAUUGCAAACAGAGUUGAUGCAGCUCAUGACCUCCUCCGCCCCGGGUAUCUCUGCCUUUCCAUCUGCCGACGGCAACCUCCUCUCGUGGACUGCUACAAUUGAAGGCCCCGAUGAUACUCCCUACGCCGGUCUUACCUUCAAGCUCUCCUUCGCCUUCCCAUCCAACUAUCCCUAUGCCGCUCCAACCGUACUUUUUAAGACUCCUAUCUACCACCCCAAUGUUGAUUUCUCGGGUCGGAUCUGCUUGGAUAUUCUGAAGGACAAGUGGACUGCUGCGUACAACAUACAGACCGUUCUGUUGAGUUUGCAAAGCUUGCUCGGAGAGCCAAACAAUGCUUCCCCAUUGAAUGGCGAGGCUGCUGAGCUCUGGGAUAAAGACAUGGAGCAAUUUAAAAAGAAGGUCCUUGAUCGACACGUGGAUAUCGAUGACGAGUAGAUUGCUGGAUUGUGUACUGCAUUUGGGAGGACUGGUGGGCGUUUAUAAUCAGGGUCAUGGAGAAUGUGUAUAAUGAGACCUUGACUUGAUGGUAUGGGAUGGUCGUUCUUUGCAGCAUGCGUGCAUUUGCCAGGGCAGCAGGGAAUGAGUCUCGUCGGACACUGUAUUAAAUAGUCCGCUGUAUUGAGAGAGUCUGGAGUAAAUGCUUGGAUCUUGAGUCUAGGAAUUGAGGAUA